UGUAUUCUGUAGAUAGUAAAUGAGCGAUAGUUUACACUACGGGUGGAGGGAUAGCUCCACUGAUCGAGUGGACUGUUUUGCCCUGGAUGAAUACGACGAUUUCCAGACCCAGGCGGUGGCGGCGGGGAGUAAGCCGGUGAUCGUGGACAGAUGGGAAGGCGAGGACGAGGAGGAGGAUGUGAAGGACAACUGGGAUGAUGAUGAAGAGGAAAAGAAGCCACCAGUGAAGCCAGUGGAAGCCAAGCCUUCAGAUAAGAAGAAAUUAAGUGACCGGAUUAAAGAGAAGGAGGAAAGAGAAAAGCAACUGAAGAAGAGAAAACAAGAGGUGUUAAAGAAUUCAGAUAAAGCAGAAUCAGUGGAGCUCUCGCCAGAGGAACAACUAGCAGAAAAACUCCGACUAGCGAAGCUACAAGAACAGGCGGAUCUGGAAGUAGCGAAGGACACAUUUGGCAUGAACAAUGUAAUGCAGCUUGGAAUUGACUCCAUGUGUCCAUCCACUAAAGAAGACUUUACAGAAUUUGGAAAGCUCUUGAAGGAAAAGAUUACACAGUAUGAAAAGUCUGUAUAUUAUGUGGACUUCUUAGAGACCUUACUCCGAGAUAUUAGCAUUUCAUUGGAAGUUGAUGAUUUGAAAAAGCUGAACAACUCUUUGACGUCGCUGUGUAGCGAAAAGCUGAAACAAGAGAAGCAAAGUAAAGGAAAAAAGAAGAAAAAGGCCCCAGUGCUUGCAGGUGGAUUUAAGGCGAAUCUGAAGGAUGAUCUUGAUGACUACGGUUACACGCAGGAUUAUGACGACUUCAUGUGAUCACGUCCAGUGACCCAGGCUUCUUCCAGCAUGUUUUUGUAGACAACCUCCUGCUGUUGGUUUCUUCUCGAGCUGCACAGAACCUUGCGUUGUUAUGGAAACAGCUAGGACUCCAGAUGCCGAUGAUAACACCAACAAGUUUUGUUGCUGGUACCAUAAUUGCGCAUUGUUACGUGUCAGUGACAAUACUUGCGUAGCACUAUGUGGACAAAGUACCUGCAUGGAUUUG